GUUCCCCCGGAGAUGGUUGCUUAGCGACCACCUGCACGCUCUACACUUCAUUGACGCUGACUCGGACGGCAAGAACGUCAGGAACUGUCGUCACUUCCGCCACGGCGGAACGACGUAGAGUGGAUCGUCAGCAAAAGGUUGUCCCUGAUGUUUCCAUACCGUUUUCUCAAGAUGAUAUGCUUAUCCUCCCAGUGGCUGGGGGGCAGCCUUGUGUCUAGGGGGGUGUUCUCCGUUAUACGGAUGUUGGCCCCUGGUCCGCCGCUCCCUUUCCCCUUGUCUGCACGGUUGCAUUCACAGUACCCCCUCCCUGAGUCUGAGAAGAACAUCAUGUUGAUGGGUCCACCUGGAGCGGGCAAGACAACAGUUGGACGGAUCAUCGCUCAACAGUUGGGGCGCCCUGCCGUCGACAUCGAUGACGACGUGCUGGAGCGACAGUGGGGGGUGUCCGUAGCUGACAAGCUGUCAGCAGUUGGAGGGCAGCGGUUCUUGGAGGAGGAGGGAGCGGCUGUGUCAAACUUCUCUGCCUGUGGGAGUGUCGUCUCACUGACUGGGUCAAAUCCACUUCACACAGAGGCCAUGGCGCACCUGAGACGUACAGGCAUCGUGCUGUACCUGGACGUGGACACAGAGGACAUCCUGCAGAGGCUGUCCAGGAUGAAGGUGCAACGCAUAGUGGGGCAGGAGCCUGGGGUUUCCAUGAGGGACAUUCUUGCAUACCGGCAAAGGUUCUAUAACCAGUGCUUCGACAUCAGAGUCUUAUGUGGUUGUGGAGACACAGAGGAGGAAGUGGCAGAUAAAGCCCUCCGAGCCCUGAAGAGAUAUCAGGACUCGGAAUCAGAAACCUUUAUUUCUACCCGGUCCAGUGAGGGUGAAUCGGCCACCAAAAAGUUUUUCAGUGAUGUGGUUAUCGAAGGGUUGGCCCCAGAUGGUGGGCUGUACGUUCCUAGGAACCGUUUUCCGAAGUUGGAGCCCCGGGAAUGGCUGAGGAUGAUCCACAUGUCGUACCUUGAAAGAGCAGCCAUUCUUCUCGAGAAAUGCAUCCACCCCACAGACAUCCCACCCACAGAGCUGCAGGCAAUGGUGAAGCGAGCCUAUGGGGAGAACUUUGCUUGUGCUGUGAUAGCACCUGUGAGCCAUCUGGUCCAGAACCAGUAUGUGCAGGAGCUCUUCCAUGGCCCCACAGGCUCCUUCAAAGACUUUGCCCUGCAACUUAUGCCACAGCUCUUUACCCACUGCCUCCCACAGAUGUGCAACUACCUGGUCCUAGUGGCAACGUCUGGAGACACGGGUGGUGCGGUGCUGGACGGCUUUGCUAGUCUGCAUGAUGCCGCCCGACAGCGGAUCGGAGUCCUGGUGUUCUUCCCAGAGGAAGGUGUGAGUGAGAUCCAGCGGCUGCAGAUGACGGCGUUCCAGGAAGGCAAUGCCAAGGCUGUGGGCAUCCACGGCAACUUUGACUUCUGCCAAAAGGCCGUGAAGCAGAUGCUUGUCGACACCAAUCUGACUGGACAUUUGGCGGUAGAGUAUGGCACAGUCCUGAGCACAGCCAAUUCCAUUAAUUGGGCGAGGCUUCUGCCUCAAGUUGUCUACCACGCCUCCGCCUACCUGGAUCUAGUCAGAGACGGUGUGAUUGGCUUUGGCGACCCUAUUGAUGCCUGUAUCCCCACAGGAAACUUUGGCAAUGCCAUGUCUGCCAUGUAUGCCAAAAACAUGGGAAUCCCUAUUCGAAAGAUCAUCUGUGCUUCCAACCACAAUCACGCCUUGGCUGACUUCAUUGCCACAGGGUGCUAUGACCUCCGCAAUCGGGUGCUCACACCAUCCAUUUCACCGGCCAUUGAUAUCCUGAAGGCCUCCAACCUCGAAAGGUUCAUCUUCCAUGCCUUGGAGGAGAAUGGACAGCUGGUGAGGGAUCUGUUCUGUGGCCUCGAGGAGAAGGGGUACCUUGAGCUUCCUGAGGCCAUGCUCCAGAGAGUGCAGUCGGAGGUGCUGGCCGGCUGGUGCUCUGAGGCCGAGUGCUUGGCCGCCAUCCAUGAGGUGCACGCUAGCACCGGCUACAUCCUGGACACACACACAGCUGUCGCCAAGGUGGUGGCAGACCGUCUGCAAGACCGGACGUGCCCCGUCAUCUUCUCCUCCACUGCUCAUCAUGCCAAGUUCGCCCCUGCCAUCCUGCGUGCCCUUCAGGUUCAGAACCCCCCCACGGCGCCCCUGGACCAGCUGGCUUGGUUUCGCUCACAUGGUUCCCGGCCCCUCACUCACGAAGCCCUAAAUGAGUGCCUGCGGGACGUCAAGAGACAGUCUUACACUACGUGCCGGGCAGACUUCAGCUCCAUGGCUGAGCAGGUGGAAACCAUGAUACAAGACUCGUUCCUGAAAGGUUCUUAAAGGACUUCCCAAAGGAGGGGUUGUAUCUACUCUGAAUCUGCCCUAAUAAUGAAUAACUAUAGUAGAAAUUCAUGAAUUUUUAUGAAUUCUUUCUAUUUUGUGAAAUAUUCAGAAUGUUUCUCUUACUUCACAAUUGUACUAGUCUCUGGCACUGUAUUUUUCUUAUUUCCCACUAGAUGGCAGUCUGGGGUGUACUGUAACACCUCAUCAUGGAAUAAUCGCACGCAUUGAAAAAUGACCCUGUCACAAUCACAGGGUGAGGAAACUCACAGCACUGAGCCACGAAAUGCAGGCAGGAUGGUUAACAAGUCUCCGAGGAGCUUCAGACGCACGCAUGAUUUGCUGUCCUGUUAUUUUCUGGUUCCAUCUGUUCGGUUCGUUAUGGGUGUUAAGGUUAAAUCUCGCCCACCCAUAAUCUACUGUGUUUUGCUUAAUUUGUAAUUUCAGAGUAAUUUGAAAACAUACCAGAGGAUACAACAUAAUCAGCCAGCAGUGUAAACAUUUAUUUAAAUCUAGCUUAUAUGUAAGCACAUGCAUAAUGCUGUUUACAUAAUGUCUUCUCUUUCAAAGCAUGAAUGAUUAGUGUGUGAUAAUAAUUUCUAGCUGCUGUCCUCAGAACAAUACACUAAAAAAGUAACGUUAUAAAAUUCAGGCAUGAGACCUGUAUGCAUCUUUUAACUUCUUUAAACAUUUUCACCAUGAGGUCUUCUCUCAUGAUUUUGGUGAAAAAACACUUAUGAGUAUAUUCUUUGUAGUUAUUCUUCAUUUUGGGAGGCAGGGCAGUCUGCAUUUAUUACUGGGGGCCGGCUGAGAACAUGCGUGCUAUUUUUAGAGCCGUACGCUCCUCGCUGUCGGAAGUGUUCCCUCUAGAACAAGACAACUUAAAUUGCUCCGAGCCUGAGAAUCGUAUGCGUGGGCCGCUCUUUUGGGAGCCAGUGGACGUGGCUAUUGAAAUGACAGGGCAGCUCUCUCAUUGUGACAUUACAACCUGGAUAAUUAAUUGAUCUCAGCGAGGCUCCUGCUACAGUAAUUGCCAAGUGCAGUUGGUAGAGAAUUGGAGGCGUCGAAUGCAUGUUUGGAGUUUCCUCGCCACCCCCGAAGACGGCCAUGAUGGCCGGGUGUGGCAGCCGGAGGUCCCCUGCUGUCUGUGUCCUUUUGUCCCUUCUCCUUCAUCUCAAAUAUAGACACAGGAGUUUAUGUAGAGUUGUGAGUUUGCUGCGUUUCACUGGCUCACUACCGCCCCCCUAUGGUGCAGUACCUAAUAUUCUUUACUAUUGUUGUUAUUAUGAGCCAAGUGGGGAGAAAUGUAGCUGAGGACCAAAUAAAUAAAGAGGCAGUUGAUGCUGGUGUUGUAUGAUGUUGGCGGCAGGGGGAUUUGGAGCUUGGAGCUGUGGAACUCCAUGAGAUUGUACGGGAACGACUGAAGGGAGUAUUCCUCGUGUUCUGAAUUGGUCUGUAGGUGGCAGGGUUGCCUGUUCCUGGUAAUGUGCCCCAUUGGUGUUUGGGUACUGUGGCUGAUGGCUGACCUCCUGCAUAUUUAAGCCUCUGCUUUAGAUCUCCUUGCUCACUUGCCUGUCUCUUGUGUACCCCGACAUUUCACGCUGAAUUCUGAUGGGACUUCAUGAUGGCGAGUAGCUUGCUUCUCAGCUGCAGCUGAUGUUCACACUCUGUGGGGGGGGGAUUCUCAUCUCCUCUCUAAACUGCAGUUCUUUACCCACCUUU